UCCCACCUCCCUAUACCCAACUACAGUGAAGCCCAUUCAACCGAUUCUCCGCAGUGCUAAAAGAGCAGAGAGAAGUAAAGAAGGAGAAGAAGGAGGAGUGAAAGAGGGGGAGAAAAGAGAGGAGAAGAGGGGAGAUACGGGGUAACACGAAAAAGAUAGAGCGUGUAUGCGGCGAGAGCAGGAAAGAGGGGAAGCGAGAGAGAGAGAGAGAAGGGGGAAACUGCAAAUUUGGUGGCCAGGCUUCCCAGUGCGCACAGAUCUCUCGUCGGCUGCACCGUCCGACCAGCUCUCCGCUCUGCAGGAUGAGUUCAUUCAGUACGAGGGCUCUGACGCUGCUCUCGUCGGUUUUCGGGGCCUGCGGUUUGCUGUUGGUGGGUGUCGCCGUGUCAACAGACUACUGGCUGCUGAUGGAGGAGGGAAUCGUCUUGCAGCAGAACCAGACCACCGAGGUCAAGAUGGCGCUGCACUCCGGCCUCUGGAGGGUCUGCUUCGUGGCAGGACCAGAGAAGGGCAGAUGUGUGGCAGCAGAGUAUUUCACCGAGCCAGAGAUAGAGAUCACGACAGAAAAUACAGCCAACAUACUCAAAAUGGUCCGAACUGCCACUCCCUUCCCCAUGGUCUCCCUGCUCUUCGUCUUCACCGCCUUCGUCAUCAGCAACAUUGGACACAUCCGGCCACAGCGCACCAUCCUCGCCUUUGUUUCUGGAAUAUUCUUCAUACUGUCAGGUCUCAGUCUGGUGGUUGGUCUGGUCUUGUAUAUCUCCAGUAUUAAUGACGAGGUGAUGAACCGACCCAGAGAGCCAGAGCAGUUCUUCCACUACCGCUACGGCUGGUCCUUUGCCUUCGCCGCCUCCUCCUUCCUGCUUAAAGAGGGUGCAGGAGUGAUGUCCGUUUACCUCUUCAUGAAGCGUUAUGCUGAGGAGGAGCUGUACAGGCCUCAUCCCGCCCUGUACCGCCCCCGCAUGUCCGACUGCAGCGACUACAGCGGUCAGUUCCUCCAUCCAGACUCCUGGCCUCCACCACAGCGGGGCCGCAGCGCGUCUGAAGUCUCCUCCGACAUCUCCAUCCAGCUCAACCAGACUCCACCUCCGCAGCAGCCACCCAAGGGGGGCAGCAGCUCCCAGCCGACGCCCUCUUCCUCUGGGCCUUCAUCAGCGGCCAGCUACCAGCUCCAGCCGGCCUCCUCCUCCUCCACCUCCUCCUCUUACCCACACCCCCUACACCUGGCUGCCACAUCCACCCUACCCAGAGCAUCCCAUGCCCACGCCUACCCUCAGCCGCACCCCCACCCGAGCGGGCCCCCUCCCCAGUCCCUGCCCAUGGCCGCGCCACCCUCAGCCGUGCCUCCUCCCCGCUAUCACACACACAUGCGAAUGAGCGCCUCACCAUGCUAGGAUACAUACGCAGGGAAGGGGAGGGAAAACACAACUGGGGGGAUUAGAUUGGCUUAGAUUGAAGACAACACACAUACAAACACAAAUCCUGUAUGCUCAAAUUGUGUGGGAGGAGGGAUGCAGCAGAGUGGAUGAAGGAGGGAGGUUUAAGGAGAUCAAAAAGAGAAGAGAGGAGGAAAGAAAAGAGGGGAGGAGGGGAGGGGAGGAGAGGCAGGUGGGCGGAGGGACGACUCACUGCUGAUGCCGAGCCCGAGACGAAGAGAGACACUUAACAAAACUUUUAACACGCUGGGAGGGAACAUGGGAGGAGAGGAGUGAGGGAUACGAUGAUUAGUAGCAACAAGACGUUUGUGGGGUUUCUGACGGGUACAUUUAUCAUCAGGGCCGUGAUACACAGGCAACAGUGUGAAGCAGCACAGGAAACAGGAAGCUGAAUCAUUUCCAAAACGCUGUUCACAAAAAGAACAAAAAGUUAAACAAUAUAUCUGGCUGUAAAUGUAUUAUAUUUUCAUCAACUAAGGACUAAAGAUACCUGCAUUUCUUUGAAAAAACUUAGAUUGAAAAAAAAAAUCUAUCAUCUUUUUGUAAUUCAGUGGAUAUGGUUGGGAAGGUUACUUCAUCUUGAUUCAUCUUAAAUGUUGAAACCAUGAGAGCGACCCCUAUAAAAACUAUAUAUUAUAUUAUAAAUCAAAAGUAGACUGCUGUUACUGUUGCAUUUAUUUAUGAGGGAGAGUACAGGUAGUCGGUAUACAAUGUAAAAACAAUGUACAGUACGAGUAGCACAAUCUACAAUUAAACAACCCUACAACAAA